AUGGCAGCCGAGUUGGUCAACCCGUCCACCCACGAUGUCUUUGCCGCGCCGACGACGAGCGAUGGCCGCGCAGUCUUCAUGCCUGCGUACACGCUCGAGGUCGACGUUGCCUUGGAUGUCGACGCAGCAUUUGACCUCUGGAUCAAGGGCAUCUGGGUGCAGGGCGGACUCUCGCUGCUCAAGCCGCCCGUGUCGCUCGAGACGCCAGGCGUCGGUCGUGGCCGCAUCGGCUGCACGCGCCGCGUUCUCUUUGGCGCGGUCCGCGAGCGCAUUCUUGACGCCGGCGUCCCGUCGUCGACUACGAAGAUCGCGUCCGUGCUCUACACAGUCGUCACGAUGCCGCUGCCUUUCCUCGAGUACAAGGCGCUCGUCGAGUUUGAGCCGCGUACGGUCAUCGACGGGUCCCCCUGCACGCGCGUGCGCUGGCGCGGCUGCGUCGCGCCCAAGGCGUGGGACAUCUACGGCCUCGCCUGCUAUGUCGUCUGCAUCUCUUUCGCCUCGCCGUGUCGCCCAUGCUCUCGAGCUACGCGGCGUACGCUGCCAAGACCAAGUAAGUCACAAAAGCAUGCGCGCUGCUAUGGUCAACUUUUGUGGUGCAAUCUCUGCUCUGUCGCUUCUACUGAUCCUUCUUCGUCUCGGCGGGCUUGGGCUCGUCCUCGUCUUCUUCCGAGUAGGCGAGGAGUUCCUUGA